CGUACAACUUACCCGACUGCGGCUGCGUCCAAGAAAAAUCUAAAAGACUUAGAAGUUGCAACAGCUGUGGCGCACGUCGUGACACUUCACCGCGGAAGUUCAGCUUCACGCCAGCGGAAGCGAGCAACGUGCGAAAGACGGCGUGGUGCGAAUGCGACGCGCCGAAAGACGAUGCCAGCGUGAACACGGGCGAAACGAACAGCAAGGUCGUCGGCGCGGAUGUGGCAAGUUUACACCCGGUCGAAAAAGAGGCUGAGAAGUGUCGGCCGUUUGUUCAAAUCAAGUACAAGUCCAAGAGAGUCGUGUCGGACAAGGCGGGUGAUGCUCGGCAGGCUCAGCCGUGCAGUGCGAAUGGGGUCA